AGUAUAAACGGUGAGCUUUGCUUUCACUUUUGAAUCUUUGAACUGGAUAUAGAGAAACACACACAGGCGAGGACUGAAAGUUAACAUUACAGCACGAACAGAGUAAGAUGGACGAAAAAUGUACCAUUCCUCCGUCAAGCAAAACCCAGCUGGAGGUGAUGCUGACAUGCCCAGUGUGCCAUGACAUCUUUAAGGACCCGUGCCAGCUGCCCUGUGGGCACAGCUACUGUAUGGUGUGUCUGGAGGGCAUGAGAGACUUUGGUUCAGACAUACCCUUCCGCUGCCCAGACUGCAGGUCCUACUUUGGGUCCACGAUUGAGGUCCAGAAGAGCUAUGCCCUGGCUAACAUCGCAGAGGACUACAGAGAAAACCUAAAGGCUAAGAAGACAGAGAUUGCAUAUUGUGACUGCUGUCCAGAGAAACAGAGCCUGGCAGUGAAGACGUGUCUGAAGUGUGAGGUGUCACUGUGUCAGGAGCAUGUCCAGCAUCACCUGCAACUCCCUGCCUACAUUGGACACCCUCUGGUCAAACCCCUGGGGGACCUGAGCAGGAGGAGGUGCCCUGAGCAUGAGGAUGAGGUGCUGAGGUACUACUGCUCCAUGUCGAAAACCUACAUCUGUAAUAUCUGUGCCUUUGACAAGAAGCAGAUGAACCUCACCGUCGACACCACCAACGUUCUGGGGAGAAAACUGACUGCAUUUAUGGAGCAGCAUUUCCAGUUGCUAGAGGGAAAGGUACAGGAAUGCAAGGACUCUGUCAGCAAGUUGAAAGAAGACUUCAAAAACGAAAGGCAGAAGUCUAAUUCCAAAGACUCCAGCAUUAACAGUGUAACUGUGGUUUUACUGUGCCUCUGGUUCAUUGCCCUCUAUUAUGCAUAUAGUUCCUCUGUGGAAAAUAAAAACCUCACAGAUACACUGAAGAAACAGGAGACUCUCUUGCAUAAUGUCUACUCCUCAGUGGCAGAAUUCAUAGAUGACAAUCCACCAAAGGGCUACAGUAAUGCAGACACCAGAGGAGCCCAACGUGCUCGGACUCUGGACGUAGACUCGGCCAGCCCUUUUCUCAAAGUGUCCCUGGAUCUCCAGUCUGUGGAGAGGGUGGAGAACAAACUGUCCCUCCCCAGCCACCCCUCCCGUUUCGACAAAGCCCCCCAGGUUCUUACCACCCAGUGCUACUCCUCUGGGAGACAUUACUGGGAGGUGGAGGCCGAGGGCUACUGGAACAUCGCUGUGUCCUACCAGAGCAUUAAGCGUAAGGGGACUGAGGACCCAGUUUUUGGCCUCAACAAGGAAUCCUGGAGCAUCACACACAAUGAAAAGGGCAACCUGUUUGCCUACCACAACAAGAUGAAGAGCGAGAUCGCCAAUUCCUUGAAAGGCAACAGAGUGACAGUGGUGGUAGACUUUGGGAAGGGAACCAUCACCUUUUCUGAGGGGAAUAUCAGCCUGACCAAGCUGCACCAGUUCAAUUCUCAGCUCAGUCAGCCUCUGUGCCUGGGGUUUGGCCUGUACCGCGUAGAUCCUCCCAGUAGAGCCACCAUUAUAGAGACCCAGUAGUGGCCUUAUGUGGGUAUUGUCUCUGCUGAACCAAAUACUGUAAAUUAAUUUUCUCAGGUUUCUUUUAUACAAAUAAUGUUGACAUGAUUCUAUUGCAUCUUGAUGAAAUAAAUGUUUUAAUGAUUGUGUUUCCUAAUGUAUGCAUGUCUAUCAACGCCUCCUGUGUGCAUACCCGCGGGAAGUAGCACCCCAAUAAAUAAAUAAAAACUAGGCCUUUAUUACACUUGUAUGAGCGGAGAAUAUUUAUUAUUUUGUUUAAUGUAAUGGCUGUAUUAAGUAAAUUCAGAGUGAGAGGCUCAUAUUAAAGAAAUGCUGUCUCCCCUACUGUUGGUCUGUCGCAGCCAUCCCCUUUAGCACUGAAACAUUAUUCACCGCUACUCACAGUAAAUGAGACACCAGAGAGUUUGAGCUCCAUCUUCAUUGCUCUUUUAUUAAAAAAGGGAAUAACAUGAAAGUCAAAUUGGCCUUGAUUUCUGCAGUCAUUUAUUCACACCGGACUGGACACAGUGGACUUUUAUUUUGCAAUAAUGAAAAGUAAGUGUCUUGGCCCUACAGCCCACUAAACUAUAUGUAAAAAGAAAGGAAGAGUGUUGCAUGAUACGCCACUUUUCUCAAUCUGAUAUUUUCACUAUUUCCUGACUCGGUUUCUUAAAAAAGAGACGCUGAGAAAUGUUUUUUGAGAACCUAAAGGCAACCAACAAAAGAAAGAUGGGUAUCAAAUAUAUUUAUCCAAA